CUGCUCCCGGACUCCUUCAGCGCGCUGCCCGCCUGCCCAGGGCCUUACCGGAGAGCAGGUGACGGCGGCCUCCGGGCACUGAGCUCGCGCUGACGAAAGGUUCUGGAAGCCGCCGUAAAAACUAAUCAAGAAACGGGUGACAGGACUUUUCGUAAAACAUUUAAUUUUUACCCAAAGUAUCCGAAACAUUGCCGUGUCAAUCUGAGUGCGAUGGGAGACUGCCGGCCCCAAGGAGCUGCUCGUCCUUCUGCCGAGUCCCGGGCCAGACCCGCGGAGGAGACCGCCGCGCCGGAGGAGACCGCCGCGCCGGAGCUCGGACCUGACGUUUUUGUGAAGCACAGGGGGCGUGGGAGGGACCGGAUCAAUGCGGCACUCAACAAAACCUGUUUUUAAAAGAGUCGUGCUGUGUCGCCCAGGAUGGAGUGCAGUGACGCGAUCUCGGCUCACUGCAGCCUCCAUCUUCCGGGCUCAAGCAAGCCUCCCGCCUCAGCCUCCUGAGUAGCUGGGAUUACAGGCACACACCUCCAGCUCGGCUGUUUUAAUUUUUUUUUUUUUAGACGUAAUUUAGCUCAUGUUGACCAGGCUGGAGUGCAGUGGCGCGAUCUCGGCUCACCGCAACCCCCGCCUCCCGGGUUCAAGCGAUUCUUCCGCCUCAGCCUCCUGAGUAGCUGGGAUUGCAGGCAUGCGCCACCACGCCCGGCUAAUUUUGUACUUAUAGUAGAGACGGGGUUUCUCCAUGUUGGUCAGGCUGGUCUCGAACUCGCGACCUCAGGUGCUCCGCCCGCCUUGGCCUCCCAAAGUGCUGGGAUUACAGGCGUGAGCCACCUCUGCAGGGCCAAAAGCCUUUUAUUGGAGUACUGGGUAACACAUUCAGAAGAGGGUGCAUAGCUUAGGCGCUCCGUGAAUUUUCACAAACUGAACAUACACCCAGGUAGCCAACACCCCCAGCAAGCCCCAGAAUCCCCUCAUGCUUGCUUUCUGCCACUAUCAAGCAGUUUGCUUUCUUUCAGAUUUUUAAGUUUUGAAAUAAUUAUCGAAAUGUACAGGGAGAAGUCUGGGUUGGUGGUUCUAACCUGUAGUCUCAGCUACUAGAGAGGCUGAAGGGGGAAGAUGGCUUUAGCCCUGGAUUUCUAGACUAGCCUGGACAACAUAGCAAGACCUCAUCUCUAUUUGUUUUUGAGACAGAGCCUCGGUUUGUCACCCAUGCUGGAGUGCAGUGGACCUCUGCCUCCCGGGUUCAAGUGAUUCUUCUGUCUCAGCCUCCCGAGUUAUUUGGGAUUACAGGUGUGCGCCACCACGCCCAGCUAAUUUUUUUGUAUUUUUAGUAGAGACGGGUUUCACCAUGUUGGCCAGUCUAGUCUUAAACUUCUGACUUCAGGUGAUCUGCCCGUCUCGGCCUCCCAAAGUGCUGGGAUUACAGACGUCACCCACUGCUCUUGGCCUAUCUUUUUUUUUUUUUUUUUUUUUUAAAGAGAUGUAUAGGGAGAUCACCCAGUAUCCCUCAGUGUUAACAUCUUGCAUAGCUACAGUUAGCAUAGAAACCAGGUAAUUGACAUUGGUACUGUACAUGGGACUUACUCAGAUUUACACGUUUUUUAAUGUUUUAUUUGUAUGUAGUUCUCUAUUCUCUACCAUUUUUAUGAGAGUUCCAGUUGCCUUGCAUUCUCACCAGCACUUAUUAUUGUCAGAUUUAUCAUUAUUUAGGUAUUCUGGUAGGUGUAUGGUGGAAUCUCACCAUAGUUUUAAUUUCUUCUCUUUUUUUAAAAAAUAGGAACAAGGUCUCACCAUGCUGCCCAAGCUGGUCUGAAAACUCUUGUCCUCAGGCAGUCCUCCCACCUCGGCCUCCCAAAGAUCUGAGAUUACAGGCAUGAGCCACCACACCUGGCCUUGGUUUAAAUUCCUAUCACAGUAUAUUAGUUUUCUCUGUUGUGUAUUGAUUGAUUGAGACAGGGUCUGGCUCUGUUGCCCAGGCUGGAGUGCAGGGGCAUGAUCCCAGCUCACUGCAACCUCCACCUCUUGGAUUCAAGUGAUUCUCCCGUCUCAGCCUCCCGAGUAACAGGAACCGCAGGUGUGUGCCAGCACGCCUGGCUAAUUUUUUUUUUUUUUUUUUUUUUCUUGAGGUGGAGUUUCACUGUUGUUGUCCAGGUUGGAGUGCUGUGGCACAAUCUCAGCUCACUGCAACCUCUGCCUCCUGGGUUCAAGUGAUUCUCCUGCCUCAGCCUCACGAGUUGUUGGGAUUACAGGCGCCCGCCACCACGCCCAGGUAAUUUUUGUUUAGUAGAGAUGGGGUUUCACCAUGUUGGCCUGGCUGGUCUCGAACUCCUGACCUCAGGUGAUCCACCCACCUCGGCCUCCCAAAGUUGUGGGAUUGCAGGCGUGAGCCACUGCGCCUGGCCUAAUUUUUCAAUUUUUUGGUGGAGAUAGGGUUUCACCAUGUUGGCCAGGCUGGAGUUUUGCCUGUUCUAGAACCUUGUAUCAGUCAUACAACACAUAAGUUCUUUUUGUCUAGCUUCUUUUGCUCAACACAAUAUCUCUGAGAUUUAUUUAUGUUUUUAUGUAAACAUAAAUGUUCAUUUUUCUUGCUAAGUACUAUUUCAUUGUAUGAAUAGACCACAGUUUGUUUAUCCAUUCACCUAGUGGUGGACAUUUAUUUUUAUUUAUUUAUUUAUUUAUUUAUUUAUUUAUUUUUGAGACAGAGUCUUGCUCUGUCACCCAGGCUGGAGUGCAAUAGCUCAAUCUCAGCUCACUGCAGCCUCUGCCUCCCAGGUUCAAGCCAUUCUCCUGUCUCAGCCUCCUGAGUAGCUGGGAUUACAGGCACACACCACGACACCCUGCUACUUUUUGUAUUUUUAGUAGAGACAGGGUUUCACCAUGUUGGUCAGGCUGGUCUUAAACUCCUGGCCUCGUGAUCCAUCCACCUCGGCCUCCCAAAGUGCUGGGAUUACAGGCAUGAGCCACCACACCUGGCCCAUGGUGGACAUUUAUGUUGUUUCCAACUUAGGGCUAUUAUAACUAGAUUUUAGUAGCUACCAUCCCCCAAAUGCAUGGUACCAAUUUUCUCUCCUACCAACAGCAUGUAAGGUGACAGUUCAGGAGAAGUGUCCUAAGCAUGUGUCAUGGACCCUCUUUGGGGGGUGAUUUCUUUGAGGCAGGGCCAGGCAUUCUUGGUUCUAUGUGGCCUCCCCUGCCCUAUUUUUUUUUUUUUUAGAUGAAGUUUCACUUUUGUCACCCAGGCUGGAGUGCAGUGGUGCUAUCCCGGCUCACUGCAACCUCCGCCUCCCGGGUUCAAGCGAUUCUCCUGCCUCAGCCUCCCGAGUAACUGGGAUUACAGGCAUGCACCACCGUGCCCAGCUAAUUUUUGUAUUAUUAGUACAGACAGGAUUUUGCCAUGUUGGCCAGGCUGGUCUCCAACCCCUGGCCUCAACUGAUCCACCUGCCUUGGCCUGCCGAAGUGCUGGUAUUAUAGGCAUAAGCCACCGCGCCUGGCUGGUCCCCUACCCUAUUUUAAGAGUCUCUAUUAGGGAUAAACUUCAUGGAAAAUGUAUGUCUGCUCUAAGAAUGUUCUCCAGUGUCAUUACCUUGCGCUGUAUCUGUUUCCUCUUUAUGAGGAUUCUCAGAAGAAAUUCUUGCCGAGUCUCAAUAGUUGAAAUAAUUUCACUCCUCCCAAGCAUUUGGUUUGCUCUUAUUUUAAGGACACUGAAUUGGGCAGGUGGUCAAGUUACACACAUGUGAGGGACUGAAAUAUAUGGUGUCAUUUUUUCCCAUUAGUCUUACGAAUGGUUCCAUACUGUGUGCCUUCCUGUUUUUCUUCCACUAGUACUUCCAGUUCGUGCUUUCUUGCUAUAUUUUAUAGAGAAAGGCCAUUUCUAUGUCUUUCUGGUACUGGGUGGGUUAUAAUAAAAACGUGCCUUUGGUGCCAUGAUUUGGGGGUGUCUUUGGCCGUGCAGCAGAGCGAUGCCCCAGCUCUGCUAGAUGUUUGAAGGGCUAUUGAGUGGAAGAGGGGUCCCUUCCUGUGACCUUGGCCCCGUUAUCGGUUGACUAACUGGCCCCAGACCAGUAUGUAAAGCACAUGCAAAUCCUCAGACAGCCUCUUGGAGCCAGCUGGCCAUGCUGUCCUCAGCUUCAGAUUUUUUUGUGUUUCUGGCUCCACCCUGUUCCCCCGCAUCCUAGUCCAUCCUCCUGUCCUUUCUUGAACCAGCUGUCUGUCUGUGCUUUCCUCGAUGCUGUGUGGCCUUGUAGCAUUUGUCAUUUUCACUCUGUUGAGUUGUCCGGCUCGGCCUCCCUUGCCCUGCAGGUCCUGGGCAGGGAUGGCGUUAUAUCAUCCUCUGCGUUGGUCUCCUUUCUCCUCUUGCCCUGCUGAGUUGCAAGUUUUUUCUGUUGAUUGACAAGAACCUGUGCUGACAGAGGAGGGGAUAGGACUGGGGGCUGCGGCAGGACCAGCUCUAAAUCUGUCAGCUGUAGAAAGGAAUGAGUUCCCCAAAGCAGCUCCUCUCACCACACCCCCGACUGAAAAAAAAAGGAGCUGGCCGGGCAUGGUGGCUCGUGCCUGUAAUCCCAGCACUUUGGGAGGCCAAGGCAGGUGGAUCACCCAAGGUCAGGACUUCAAGACCAGCGUGGCCAACAUGGCGAAACUCCGUCUCUAUUAAAAAUAGAAAAAUUAGCUGGGCAUGGUGGUGCCUGCCUGUAAUCCCAGCUACUAGUGGGGCUGAGGCAGGAGGAUCGCUUGAACCUGGGAGGUGGAGGUUACAGUGAGCCGAGAUCAUGCCACUGCACUCCAGCCUGGGCAACAGAGCGAGACUCCAUCUCAAAACAACAACAACAACAAAGGCUGGUCGUGGUGGCUCACGCCUGUAAUCCUAGUACUUUGGGAGGCGAAGGCGGGCAAAUUGCCUGAGCUCAGGAGUUCGAGACUAGCCUGGGCAACACAGUGAAACCCCGUCUCUACCAAAAUACAAAAAAUCUGUAGUCGCAGCUACUCAGGGGGCUGAGGCAGGAGAAUUGCCUGAACUGUGGAGGUGGAGCUUGCAGUGAGCCGAGAUCACGCCACUGCACUCCAGCUUGAGUGACAGAGCAAGACUCCGUCUCCAAAAAAAUAAAUAAAUAAAAAUAAAUUUAAAAAAAUUAGGAGCUGAGAAUGACAGCUGCAAAGUUGCCUGAAUUAGGGGGCCCAAGUCAAGUUUUCCCCAGGAUGCCGGCUAUCUUGGUGGAUGGCCUCAAUAAAUAGGCAGGUGAUUUGUGAAGGUUGAAGGGGUUGCAGCUGCCACACACAUCAGCGAUUAGUCUUUUGAUACACAUUUAUUAUCUCUCCUAUUGUCUCCUGCCCCAUGGGAGAUGUAGACAGUGCUCUGAACAUUCUGGUUGCAAAGAGAAUUGACAAACUGCUGUUCUCCAGCCUGACCAACAUGAUGAAACCCCAUCUAAAAAUACAAAACAAUUAGCCGGACUGUAGUGGUGCGCACCUGUAAUCGCAGCUACUCAGAAGGCUGAGGCAGGAGAACUGCUUGAAUCCAGGAGGUGGAGGUUGCAGUGAGCUGAGAUCACGCCAUUGCACUCCAGCCUAGGCGACAGAGUGAGUCUCUGUAUCUGCUAUUCUGUUGUAGGAGAAGGAGAUGUCAGGUAUAAGGGUUAGCAGGGGGUGGCUUGGUUGCGAUCAGGAGAGAGGUGGUGCUCAUUCUCCAUGGGAUCCUUGUGGCGCAUGUCCCUGGCUUUUUUUUUUUUUUUUUGGAGAUGGAGUCUCACUCUGUCACCCAGGCUGGAGUGCAGAGGCACAAUACUCGGCUUACUCGGCUCUGCCUCCUGGGUUCAUGCAUUUUUCCUGCCUCAGCCUCCUGAGUAGCUGGGAUUACAGGUGUGCACCACCACGCCUGGUAUUUUUAGUAGAUAUGGGGUUUCUCCACGUUGGCCAGGCUGGUCUCAAACUCCUGACCUCAAGUGCCGCGGUUUGCCACGGUUACCACGGGACUAAACGAAGGGGGACGAACGUAGAAAUGAAAACUUAAAACAAAAGAAACUGUUUUAAAGGAAGGGGCCAGGGGAAGAAGAAGACGGCUCCCUGCUUCUAGUGAGCAAGGGCAGCCGCCUUGAGCCUCUACCGCCCUUCAUACUCAUUUGGUAGAAAGAGCAGGGUGGAGGAGGUAACAAUUGGUCAGCUGCUUGAUUGAUCACAGGUUCACAUUAUCUCAUUACAAGAAACACUUGUGCCUGGGUCGUGACUGCCCUCAGCAUUCCUUCUGGGUGGCAGACGCAGUUUGUCAGUUUGCCAACAUCCUGCUUUCAUGAGAACAGUUUGCUGUUUACUCAUAUAGCCUCCAGUGGUGCACUGAGUUGAUCACGACCCUCACUCUUUCGGCCUGCAACACUCAAGUGAUCCACCUGCCUCGGCUGCCCAGAGUGUUGGGAUUACAGGCAUGAGCCACCGCGCCCGGCCUGCUCCUGGCUUUUGGCCGAAAGUUGAGACUUAGAAGUUGGGAGGAGACCUGGAGCACCGUGGCUAGUUCUAGGCCCUACACUCUUCAGAACAGCAGAGCUGUAGCUCUCUGGUAGUGAGCUCUCUGUUGCUGGGAGUAUUCAGAGGCUGGAUGGCUGGCUGUUAAGGGAUUUCUGCUUGGGUGGGAAUUUGGGUCCCUCUAAGACAGAUAACCUAUGAUUUCUAAGAUAAAUGGGACAGUACUUUCAAUGAGGGUUACAUGUUAACGCUGGGUCAGUCUUGAGUACAAAAUGGAUUCAGAGACCUGAGUUGUCAUGUUCAAUCUGAUUUUCCUAGCCCUUUGAGGAACCGUUUGAGGUGUGGCAUGAUACAGCAAGUCAGCUGCCAAAGAGGGGCUUAGCCACAGGAAGUGCGUGCCCAGAACGGUAAAGGGGCUGUGGCCUUUCUUAUCAUCUUCACUCCCUGUCCCCACCAUCACCUGCUCUUCAUGCUUUGUGAUAAUUCAGUGAGCUCAUACUCAUGACCUGUGUCCUCCAGCAUGUGGGUUACAAUUCAAUGAAACGUUAAAAUAUCUACCCCUCCAGCAUCUCCCGUGUCCCUCACAGCAGUUCUAUGAGGCUGGCUGCCCUGUUUGACAACUGAGGCCCGCAUCUUCCCCGGGAUUACCGACGUGUGGCUCUGAGCCCUGUCCCAAGGGAUUUUCUCCAUCAGAGAAGAGGAGCACUUUGAGCUUUCAGAGGAGCAGCCCUCUGCAAGUGAAGUGGAAAAAAAGGAAGCAGCCCCUGGCUUUCCAAGAGUCCCUGCCCACCCAGAUGCCCGCUGGCGGAUGCAGCCUCAUCUCAAGGACACUGCUUGCUGGAUAAAUCCCUCACCACCCUAGAGACAGCCCACGGUCCUGAGACAAGGAUGCGGGCCAGGCUUGAUGCAGAACUGCAAGUCUCCGCGUCGGGUGGCACAGAAGAUGUUGGCAAUUUGUUGGAGAAUCAUUUCUCUGCUGGAGACGCAAGUCUAGAGGAGAAAGAAAGGGCGCUUUAUGCAGACACAGCCCCUCAAGACAAGAAACUGCUCCUUCACUACCCAGAUGGCAGGGAGGCCGAGAGCCCCGAGAAGACCCCCGCGUCUGCCGCCAGCCCGGGCCCCGAUCCUGAAGCCAGCCUCUCCAAUGCCUCAGCCACAGAGUCACCUCCACCUGGGGAAAGGGACAACAGGGAAGCUGCGGGGCCUGGGGAGGAAAAGAAUGGCCCACCAGUGGCAAGCGCCCUCCCUCCAGGAGGGGCCAAGGGGCCUGUGGAAGAGGAGUGGCCGGAGCCCAGUUCUGGAGAGGGACAAGGAGAGGAGGAGACUGGGCUUGGGCUCCCCACGGAGGGAACUGCCAGUGGAGAGGCAGGAGGACAGGCUGGGGGCCAUGAACUCCCCGAGGAAGUCCAGGAGGUCCAAGGGGACAGCCUGGUGCAGGGAGCAGUGGCAGGGACAGCAGAGCCAAAGGCAGAGGGGGCCUCUCCUCACUCAGAGGGUGAUGGGGUCGGUCCACUGAACGCAGAGGCCGAGGGCAGCCCUGGGCCUGGCGAGGAGCCUGCAGUGCCAGAGGGAGCCCCUGACGUCGCGGCUGUUGGGGGAGAGUCGGAGCCAGAUAUUGACACACAAGCCAGUGAGGGCACCGAGGACCAGGGGGAGCCCGGCCCAGCUGCAGAGGCCAGUGCAGAGCCUGGGGGCGCCCAGAGCGUUAAGGCAGGGGACACUGAGGAGAGCCAGGCCCCAGAGAUGACUGAGGAGGACGCAGAUGAAGCCUCCUCUGAAGAGGAAAGUGGUGAUGGAAGUGGAAGCGAGGAAGAAGGAGGAGUUCCCUCCGAAGAGGAGUCCGAAGAGGACAGCGGCGAUGGGGCUAGCUCAGAAGAAGCAGAGGGCGCCUCCGAGGAGGCCACGGAGCCCCAGGAGGCUGGGGAGCCCCAGGAAGCCAGGGAGCCCCAGGAAGGCGGGGAUCUGCAGGAAGCCGAGGAGUCCCAGGAAGGCGGGGAUCCCCAGGAAGCCGAGGAGCCCCAGGAAGGUGGAGCGCCACAGGAAGGCGGGGAGCCCCAGGAAGGUGGGGAUCCCCAGGAAGCCAGGGAGCCCCAGGAAGCCAGGGAACCCCAGGAAGGUGCAGAGCUUCCGGAAGCCACAGGAACCACAAGUCACAGGGACAGAGGGGCCCAGCCUGGCCCGGAGGAAUUGAAUACAGAGUCCAUGGGCAGUGAGACCCUGGAUAUGAAGGCAGAGGAGCCCGAGGAGGGACAUCAGGGGAGGGAGAGUCCCAUCAUUGUUGCCCAGGAAGAGACGGAGGAUGCAAAUGAAGAAGCCCCAUUGAGGGACCGCUCCCACAUCGAGAAGACCCUCAUGCUGAAUGAGGACAAGCCAUCCGAUGACUACUCUGCGGUGCUGCAGCGGCUUCGGAAGAUCUACCACUCAUCCAUCAAGCCUCUGGAGCAGUCCUACAAGUACAAUGAGCUCCGGCAGCAUGAGAUCACAGAUGGAGAGAUUACCUCCAAGCCCAUGGUACUGUUCCUGGGACCGUGGAGUGUUGGUAAAUCUACCAUGAUAAACUACCUCCUUGGGCUGGAAAAUACUCGCUAUCAGCUCUAUACAGGCGCUGAACCCACCACCUCUGAGUUCACGGUCCUCAUGCAUGGGCCUAAGCUGAAAACCAUCGAGGGCAUCGUCAUGGCUGCUGACAGCGCCCGCUCCUUCUCACCCCUUGAGAAGUUUGGCCAGAAUUUCCUAGAGAAGCUGAUUGGCAUUGAGGUUCCCCACAAACUUCUGGAGAGGGUCACUUUUGUGGAUACACCAGGCAUCAUCGAGAACCGCAAGCAGCAAGAAAGAGGCUACCCCUUCAACGACGUGUGCCAGUGGUUCAUCGACAGAGCUGACCUCAUCUUUGUCGUCUUUGACCCAACAAAGCUGGAUGUGGGUCUAGAGCUGGAGAUGCUCUUCCGCCAGUUGAAGGGGCGUGAAUCCCAGAUAAGGAUCAUCCUGAACAAGGCUGACAAUCUGGCCACCCAAAUGCUCAUGCGGGUUUACGGGGCCCUCUUCUGGAGCUUGGCCCCUCUCAUCAAUGUCACAGAGCCCCCAAGGGUUUACGUCAGCUCCUUCUGGCCACAAGAGUAUAAGCCGGACACCCAUCAGGAACUGUUCCUCCAAGAAGAGAUCUCCCUCCUAGAAGACCUGAAUCAGGUGAUCGAGAACAGACUGGAGAACAAGAUUGCCUUCAUCCGCCAGCACGCCAUCCGGGUCCGCAUCCACGCCCUCCUGGUUGACCGCUACCUGCAGACUUACAAGGACAAAAUGACCUUCUUCAGUGAUGGAGAACUGGUCUUUAAGGACAUUGUGGAAGAUCCCGAUAAAUUCUACAUCUUCAAGACCAUCCUGGCAAAGACCAAUGUCAGCAAAUUUGACCUUCCCAACCGCGAGGCCUAUAAGGACUUCUUUGGCAUCAAUCCCAUUUCCAGUUUCAAACUGCUCUCCCAGCAGUGCUCCUACAUGGGAGGUUGCUUUCUGGAGAAGAUUGAGCGGGCCAUCACUCAGGAGCUUCCGGGCCUCCUGGGUAGCCUCGGGCUCGGGAAGAAUCCAGGUGCUCUCAACUGUGACAAAACAGGGUGUAGGGAAACACCAAAAAAUCGCUACAGGAAGCACUAGGUGGUGUAGCGGUUCUUGGGUUCCUGUUGGUGAAUCAGCUUGUGUCCUAACUGUCUGAGAAGUCCUGGUUUAUUAACCCUUUGAGCCACCCUGGCAGGAAUUAUUACACAGUGGAGAGUUGGGAGUUCAUUGAGGCCAGGGGUCGGGGCAGGUGUGUGUGUCUAGGGAGGAGAGUGGAAACUGUGAAUUCCUGUGUGCUUGUCUUGUUGCUUCAGUGAGGAGGCCUGAUUGAGGCAAGUCAGCCUCCACCUGCUUUUCCUGGGUCCUGUCUUGGAAGGACAGAGAGCAGCUAAAUUCUAGUGUAUCUUAAAUCAGUGAGGGUCAAAUAAGCUAAAAGCAGCUGAAAUUCCUUUGUUCCCUGUGAGCUGGGAAAACAGCGAAGGCCUGAGUCGUAGAGAUUGUCAGGUCCAUUUUGGCUUCUUUCCACACUCACAGUCUCGCGUUUGUUCCCCAGCCCUCGGCUGCCUCUUAACUUUGGGUUGACUUUCAACAGUGAAUAGUCUCUUGGGUCUGAAUAUACCUGGGUUUGUUUUUGUUUUUUUGAGACGGAGUCUCGCUCUGUCGGCCAGGUUGGAGUGCAGUGGUGCAAUCUCAGCUCACUGCAACCUCCCCCUCCUGGGUUCAAGCGAUUCUCCUGCCUCAGCCUCCUGAGUAGCUGAGAUUAUAGGCCUACCACCAUGCCCAGCCAAUUUUUGUAUUUUUAGUAGAAACGGGACUUCACCAUGUUGCCCAGGCUGGCCUCGAACUCCUGACCUCAAGUGAUCCACCCGCCUCGGCCUCCCAAAGUGCUGGGAUUACAGGCAUGAGCUGCCGCACCCGGCCUCCACCUGGGUUUUGAGCCAAUCCCCCGGACUUGCUCCUGGUUUCCUCAAGGGGUGGGGCAGUGGUUUAGGACACUCGACAACUAAGAACAGGAGUUCCCAGGAAGGACAAGGAUCUGCCUCCCCCACUGCCACUUCUCUGAUGUGUUCCUCAAAGCUGGCUCGAGGGCUCGAUCCCUUUAUCGGACCCAGGAGGGGACUGGUUGGUGUAUCCAGGUAAUUUACUCUUGGAAGUGACUGUAGUGAAGGUCGUGGAAGGGCUCAGAGGGUUAAUUGGUUUGCAGUGCGUCUUUGUCUAUUGCAUGUCUUGGAAAACUCAGAUCCCAAAGGCGCUGGGUUUCAGAGAGGACAGUGGAGACCUUGCUCCUUUUCCUUAGGUCGCCAGUCUCUCAAAUUUCAGAGGAGGCUGUUUCCACAACUCCCCUGUGGAAACACUUGGCAGCGGAGUUGCUCCUUUGCAGUUCCCACACCAUGGCUUUUCCUUUCCUUUCUUCUCCAUUCCCUGAUGCAUCAACACUUACUUGGAGCAGUUUCCUAGGAGUCAGAACCAGCACCAGCCACUCGGUGUCGGUGGCCACCAAGGCUUAACAUUGACCUUCCCGCCUGACCUUGAUGCAGAUGUCCACUGAACACACCGCAGGAAAGCCAGGGCCUUCAAUACCAAUAAGCGUGAAUAUGUGUGUAUGUUGUCCAAGAGAGAUUAGGGAGAUCACACAGACUCUAGGGAGUAGAGAACUUGUAACAGUCUUGCAAGGCUAGCAUGCACGGCUCCGCAGCAGGUGGUGGGGAGCAGAGGGGCAGGCCCUGCAGGGAAGAAGCAGCCUUUGGAUGGUGAAAUGUGCAUGGUGCACAGUCUGUGCAUGCCCAGGAGACCCAGCCCGGGCUGCCUCGAGGGGCUCCUUUGUGCACAGCCAGCCGCUUCUCUUGGGAACAAGCUGUCCUGGGGGCCUUACCCACGAGGCAGGAGUCAGGAUGCACCAGCUCAGCACCAGGAAGUCAUCCUGGACCAGAAGGACAGUGGAAAGGCAGGCAGAGGGAGAGGCACUCUGAGGUCAGGCAGGGUAAGCCAGUUGGCAGUCAGGUUAGGUCUAUGCGGAGAACCUCGAGUUAGGAAUUCCCGGUUCUCAGAAUUGUUAUCACUCUGGUGCAUGCUGUCACAGGGGCCGUUGCGUUUGGCUUUGUGGAGGGCCUGGACCCUUCCACAAGAACACCCGAGGUUCCAGGGCACUCAGGACAAUGUUUCCAAGGAAUGAGUCGACCAGGAAAGAACAGUGAGUUCUGCAAGGGGCAUCCACGGAGCCUGUGAUAGGGGCUGAUGAGAUGGAAUCUGUCCUGGACUUUUCUUCUCAUUAACCACCCUCUGCAAACCCCAGAACCCCUCGCCUCAUCUCUGUACUGUCUGCCCUCUUGGGGGAUGGGCCCUCCCACUUUCCCCUGCCUGCUCCUCCAUGCUGUGAGCUGCUUUGGCAGAUGUGUUUUUCUGUGUAGUCAGGGGAAAAACAAAAAAAAAUGCACAACUGUGUGGGCAUUGUCAUAGCUGUUGGUGUCACCACUGCUUUGGGGGAAAUGGCUGGGAUGAGGCUAAUACAUUCAUGCAAUAUUUAUAUUUUCAGGGGGCUGCGUUAUCAGCAUGCUCUCCCUGCCUUGGGCUUUUCUUUCCGUCAUGUUUUCCUUUUCAUGUUCCUUCUCUGAUUUCUCUUGUCUCUGCUGCUCACAGGCCUGCCCAUCAGUCAGUACAGAUGCUCAGUGUCUGGUUUCUGGCCAGCUCCGUGGAGGGGGCUUUAAGCAGAAUUCUGACUCUUUGGGGUGGGGGAUUAGGAACUGGGGGAAACUUAACGAUCCAGAGAUUCCCCCAAGAGGAGUGUCUGGAAGGAUCUGUGCCUGGACAGUGGCUGAACCUUUCCAGUGUUCUUUUGGUUCUGAUUUCAUCAGUCUCAAUAAAGUUCGAUCUCUCUUUAA